AAUAGAGAGGGGUUAGAUUAAAACAUUACUCAAAUAUGAUUUUUUUUUAAAUACCAACAUCAUUUGAAACUUGCAGAACAUGGACUUCCCUGACGAUGAUGUCCUGCGGGAACUAGAGAGUAGAGAAUACAGUGUAAAGGAAUACUUCUCCAAGACUGAGCUGGCCAAGCUGUCCGACUACGAAAUGCUGAGGUACAGAAACAUGAGAAAGAACUACGAGAUCAUGCUGGCCGUUGGAUUACCAGCAGUGAUGCCCGAGUUUAUGAGAGGUCCUAGAUCUAGAAUAAAACGGAAACCGAAGAAGGCAGAAUCAGAUAGCGACGAAGAAUGGACCCCUCACAGGUCUUCUAGAGAAAAGAAACAGACAGUUAGAUUUUCAGUCAAUGUCCCAGAAAAGGUACAGAAAGGAAAACGCCCGAAGAAAGUGUUAAAGAUUGACAAAAGCACUAAAGAAACCAAGAAAAUGGAACAACGAAUAUAUCCCUUGCGUGUUCAAGAAAGACUGAAUUACAUGGAUUUGGAAGCACCGGACGACGACGAGUUCAUAUACUGCGAAGAAUGUAAUGGAGAGCACGAAGGGGAUUGCCCGGUACACGGACCGCUGUUGGUUGUGGAAGACACCAAGCAAUCUCUAGGUAUUCCCGACAGAGCAAAGAAAACUCUUCCACCUGGUGUAUCAGUUCGAAAAUCAAGAAUACCAAAUGCUGGGUUAGGAGUUUUCACUGACAAAUUUAUCUCCAAGCGAACGAAAUUCGGCCCAUAUGAAGGAAAGAUAACCGAGAACCAGGAGGAGGCCCACGAAACUGGAUAUGCUUGGCAGAUAUAUAAGCAAGGCCAACCCAGUCAUUUCGUGAACGCCUAUGAAGAAACCACGAGUAACUGGAUGAGAUACGUCAACUGUGCAAGAUCAGAAUCCGAACAAAAUCUUGUCGCUUUUCAACAUAAAGGAGAGAUAUACUACAGAUCUUUUAAAGACAUCCCUCCAGGGACAGAACUGCUGGUGUGGUAUGGUCAUGAUUAUGGGAAAGAACUAGGGAUACACAGAGAGGAUAUCCAAAUUAUUUCAAAAUUUAUAAAUGGGGAAGAAAUGUUCUGUUGUAAUUGGUGCCAGAUGGGGUUUAGCACCAAAGAAUACCUAGCAAAACACUGCAAAUACAAACAUGGACAAAGUCUGUUACUGCCUAAAGACAUUCAACGUUAUGAUGGUGAUGAUAUUUUUCCGUGCCAGCAUUGCAAUAUCUGCUUUAGUACUUCUGUCUUUCUUCAAAACCAUAUACCCCACUGUCGCAAGAAGGGGAAAGAAAACAUCCAAGUUGUUAGUAAUACUGCAUUUGAAUUGAAGGGAGAAAAUAAUACAGAAGGCUUUGGAUUUUAUACUCCUACCAAACGAAGGAAACCCUUAACCAAACGCACCAAUAACGAAAUAGGAGGAUGGCGUUCUGCCAAAGGAAGUGAGGACAAAAACAAACACAUGAGGACACAUACUGGUGAUAAACCUUACAAAUGUGAUGUCUGUGGGAAGGCGUUCAGUGACACAGGAAACUUACAGACACACAUGAGGACACAUACUGGUGAGAAACCUUACACAUGUGAUGUCUGUGGGAAGGCGUUCAGUGUAACAGGAAACUUACAGACACACAUGAGGACACAUACUGGUGAUAAACCUUACACAUGUGAUGUCUGUGGGAAGGCGUUCAGUGUAACAGGAAGCUUACAGACACACAUGAGGACACAUACUGGUGAUAAACCUUACAAAUGUGAUGUCUGUGGGAAGGCGUUCAGUGUAACAGGAAGCUUACAGACACACAUGAGGACACAUACUGGUGAUAAACCUUACAAAUGUGAUGUCUGUGGGAAGGCGUUCAGUGACACAGGAAACUUACAGAAACACAUGAGGACACAUACUGGUGAUAAACCUUACAAAUGUGAUGUCUGUGGGAAGGCGUUCAGUCAGACACAACACUUACAGACACACAUGAGGACACAUACUGGUGAUAAACCUUACAAAUGUGAUGUCUGUGGGAAGGCGUUCAGUGUAACAGGAAGCUUACAGACACACAUGAGGACACAUACUGGUGAUAAACCUUACAAAUGUGAUGUCUGUGGGAAGGCGUUCAAUCAGACACAAAGCUUACAGAAACACAUAAGGACACAUACUGGUGAUAAACCUUACAAAUGUGAUGUCUGUGGGAAGGCGUUCAGUCAGACAGGAGACUUAAAGACACACAUGAGGACACAUACUGGUGAGAAACCUUACAAAUGUGAUGUCUGUGGGAAGGCGUUCAGUCAUACACAAAACUUACGGAAACACAUGAGGACACAUACUGGUGAUAAACCUUACAAAUGUGAUGUCUGUGGGAAGGCGUUCAGUGUAACAGGAAGCUUACAGACACACAUGAGGACACAUACUGGUGAUAAACCUUACAAAUGUGAUGUCUGUGGGAAGGCGUUCAGUCAUACACAAAACUUACGGAAACACAUGAGGACACAUACUGGUGAUAAACCUUACAAAUGUGAUGUCUAGCCAUGGAAUGUGUACAAUUGAAUAUGGAUGAAUUGAAUAACAGAAAGCUUUAUGGGUGGUAACCAUGUAGAUAUGCUGUUAGUGGGAAACGGUCAAUAUCUUAUGAAAUGAAACACGUACUACAGAUAGUCCGUGUAUUCCUUAAGAGGUACAUUUCAUUUUAGUAGAAACAUACAAGCAUGUGUGGAGAGACAUUAUAUUAGAUACAAUAUAAUCGAUUUCAUGGAUACAUUUCUGAUUUUCAACACCAGGAUAUUUAAACUAGCAUUGAAUGACAAUGUAUUUAAUUGUAUUACAUAACAAUGGGGAUGUUAGUUUGGUUUUAUUAUGUAUUUAUUAUCAUUAUUUAAUGGAACUGCACAUUUUCCGACAACUCGCAUUGCUUAUGAUUUCAGAUUUUGAUGUUUACUAGCAUUGUUUUAAACUUUUAAUAGCAUGUUUACCCAAUGGUUGGAGACAAUGCUAACAUGUUUUAAAUGCAGUGUUUAUAAUUUAUUUUUAUAUCAGAUUAUCUUGAAUAUAUAUUUUUAAAUUUGAUUGAUACAGCUUGAAUCAGAAAACUUUUUUAAAGAAUAUUGAAUAUGCAUGUAUGUGUUUAUACCGGAGAUGUACCAGUGUUUAUAUUUUGUAGAUUAACAUAUAUCAUAUGUGCGUUAAUACAUCAGCAGAUUAAAUUUUUAUAUAU